GAGACCCGUAUGUAGGUGACGUGUCUCAAUCCCGGAACUCAUCGCAGCAGGAGCUUCUCGAGAAUUCCUCACAAACAUCACGAAAACAACACGAUAAGCUGAGAUGGUGACUGAUGUGCAGCUGGCCAUCUUCGCUAACAUGCUGGGCGUCUCGCUCUUUCUGCUGGUGGUCCUCUAUCAUUAUGUGGCCGUGAACAACCCCAAGAAGCUGGAGUGAGGCUGAGAGAGAGACAGGAUGAGGACCAGGAACCGGACGCUCAAGCAGCCUGGACAUCUGCAUUUUGUAUGAAAAUGAUGUGAAUAAAUUGUCAGAGUGUGA